AUGUCGUAUAGGGAAUUAUAUCAGAAUCUAUUUAAUGCACACGUGGUUUCCCCUUACCACUUGAAACCUCUGCAGUCUCUGUACCCCAAGUGGUAUGAUGCAAACGCACAAUGCGAUUAUCAUGCAGGAAUCGCAAGGCAUUCUAUAGAACAUUGUACGGCGUUCAAAAAGCUGGUAGAAAGACACAUAAGCAUGGGUAUUGUUAAAGUGGAUGAUUCGCCCAGUAUAGAGAAUCUGUUACCUAAUCAUAAUGAAAAUGAAGUGAACAUGAUAGGAGGUAACAUGGGUAGGGAAAUCAAAGAGGAUAUCGUAAUAGUGAAGAUUCCUUUGAGAUGGAUCUGGAAGAAGAUGGUAGAAAGAGGGUUGCUGGAAAUGGAGUUUUAUGAAGAAGUUAAGGAGGAGGAGAGUAUUUGCACAUUCGAAUCCACAAAGGUUCCAAGAGUAACUCAGCCUGUGGUCAUCAUCUCGCGGCCAAGGAAUGAUGAAGUGAGAGCGCCAGUAAUGCCAAGAAUCAUAAUAAAGAAACUUGUAACCUUUUCUUACCAAGAUAGUAGGAAGGUUCCGUGGAACUAUGAGUGCAAUACAACUGUCCCUGGAAUAGAGACUACAAAGGACCAGGAUGUGAGUGCCAAUCCAGAACAUGUGAAAGGAAGGGCCAUGAUAGUGGAACAAGAGGGGGAAAUAGCUAAGCCUGUGUUGUCUAUCAACGAGCCAGUGAAAGAGGAAGAAGCCAUGAAAUUCCUUAAAUUCUUGAAGCAUAGCGAGUACAAUGUUGUCGAACAGUUGCAUAAACAACCGGCUUGCAUAUCCGUAUUAACCUUGCUCUUGAAUUCAGAAGUAUACCAAAGUGCGUUGAUGAGGAUGUUAAAUGAGACCUAUGUGGCCGAUGAUAUUUCUGUCAGCAAGUUAGAUCGGUUGGUCAAUAAUAUCAGAGUGUUGAUUGACAAUGGAUCAGCUUUGAACGUGUUGCCAUUAUUCACACUCAACAGGCUUCCCAUAGACAGAAGACCGUGGAUACAUUCGGUGGGGGCAGUACCGUCAUCAUUACAUCAGAAGCUGAAAUUAGUGUCAGAAGGUCGGCUAGUGAUAAUAAAUGCCGAAGAGGAUAUAAUAGCAGCUGUAUCCAAUGAGAUGUCGUACGUGGAGACUAGCGAUGAGUCAGCAGAAUGUUCAUUUCGAUCUUUGGAGUUUGUAAAUGUGGCAUUUGUUCCUGAAGGAAGCAAAGUUUUGGUGCCUAAAUUAUCCAAAACUACAAAGAUGGGGUUGGGGAGAUACCUUCAAGGGAGGAUUGAGUUUCCAGUACUGAAAGGAAAGCAAGAUCACUUUGGCUUAGGAUACAAGCCAGACAGAGGACAGAGAAAGAAGGAGUUAGAAAAAAGACAGGAAAGAAAAAGGGCGUGUCUAAGUGGGGAGGAAACCAAAUGGGAGCCAAUGAUAAUUCCACACGUAUCCAAAACCUUUGUAUCUGGAGGAGUUAUUCAUGCUGAGAGAAAGAUACCGAUUGAGGAAAGCAUUGAAGAGACGUUGGGAGAUAUGCACAUCAAUGCCAUUCAUGAGCAUCUGAAUGAAGAGAGGAGCUGGUUAGAUAUUCGUCCUUAUGAGCCUGGGAGAUUUAAGCCCAGAUUUAGGCAUAAGGGGGUCGAGAAGGCCAAACCGGGGAUUUUUCCCCUUUUUCGGCCACCGCAGACGGUGGUGCCGGCGCCGGAGAUCGCCGGCCGGCGCGGUGGCCCACGAAGGGCCGAUGACCGACCGAUGGCCGGAGGACAGAGGGGCUGA